ACAUCUGAUCUAAGACUCUUUUUCUCUCUCCCUUUUUUUUUUCUUUUCUUUCUUAUUUUCCGCACCCAUCUCCUCUUCUUUUUGCCUCAGGAAAAGUUCUCAUCCUCAAUCCUCUCUUCGACAACCCAAAAUAGCAAAGAAGGAAUUAUUGCUACUCAAUCAAUGGAGUCAACAUGUGUUGCAGUACCUGAUCCUAUCAAGGGAGACGCAAAAGGGACAGAUUCUUCAAGUACAAUUUGUGAUCAGGAGCAGGGACAAGAUGAGUCCGAAUGGGUUAUACUGGACAAGAACUCCGAUUUCGGUCCGGUUUUAUCAAACAGUCGCAAUUUCACUUCAUCUAACAUUCCUUCAUGGGCUAGAUGGAUGCUUGGAUCCAUAAUUUUCCUGGCCAUACCUCUUUAUAAGAAAAUAAGGACCGCGGAAGAUGAGGUGGAGACGACUGCAGAGUCUGUGAUUGUGGUUGUAGAGAAGGUGGCCGAAGUGACGGAGAAGGUGGCAGCCAACAUUGCCAAUGGACUUCCCGGUGAUGGCAAAGUUAAGACCGCGGCCUUGAAGAUUGAGGACAUUGCUGAGCAAGUAGAUAAGGAUGCGGAGAAGGCUGAAGCCUUCAUUCGUAAGGCUGAUGAGAUAGAGGGAGAGGUCGACGCGUUGAUGGAGCCUAUUAUUGAGGAAGGAGAGGUGAUAGAGAAGGAGAUCGAAGAAAACAAGGAGGCAGAUCCGACGACAGAUCAAUCUAAAGCAACUUCUGGAGCAAAUGAUCAGAAAUGAUUAAUGCUCAAUAUAGACUUGGAUCAAUUAUGUGAAUAUGUUUCAUUCCAGUUAAAUUUCAUGUUUUCUUUUCAAAUAUUUGUACAUAUGGUCUGUACUGCCUUUCCGCAAAACUACUGCGUGAUAAUACACUAUGUAUUAAUACAGUGGCAUAAUGGAAUUCGGAUUCGGAUGCAAGUUUCGGAUCUGAUACAAGUUAUUGGUGUGCCAUUUGAAA